AUGCUCAUUUUGAUUUUAUUAUGUGGUUUCCUGGUUGUUGAUUCCUAUAAGAUCUUGGUAUUUUCUCCAACAAUUAGUCGGUCUCAUAUGAUCUCGAAUGGAAGGAUAGCUGACGAAUUGGCUAAGGCCGGCCACCACGUUGUUCUGCUUGAACCGGAUUUCCUGAAUAUUUCUCACACUGUACAAAGUUCAAAGGUGGCUCAUAGAAUGACGGUAUCAGGGUUUUCGUCCAUCCUACACGAUGUCAUACAAGGAGAAUACGUUCAGAAACAUAGUAAUGCAAGGAGAAUACGUGUAUUGAAAUCUUCUUUUCAAGAUUUUCUGAGCCGAGAAGACUUGAUAGAAAAGCUACGAGCAGAAAAAUUCGACGCGUAUUUUGGUGAACAAAUUAAUCUUUGUGGACACGGACUGGCCUACAUAUUGGGGAUCAAAUCGCAUUUUUGGGUGUCCAGUUGCCCCAUCAGCGAUUACAUGGCCUGGCUACUGGGAAUGCCUCAGCCCUCAUCGUAUAUACCUUCGUUAAUAGGCAUGGAUAUUACCCAUAGACCGAGUUAUUGGGAAAGAGCGCAGAACAUUUGGUCAACAUUUCUGUAUGUUCAAUUCGCACUUGAAGCCACCGAAAUGUUCCGAAAGCGAUAUGGUGCGAACUUCCCAAAUUUGGAAGCGAUUGCGGCUGACUCCGACAUGGUAUUCGUAAACACAGAUGAAUUUGUCGACUUCCCCCGUCCUACUCUUCCUCAUGUGGUUCAUAUUGGAGGACUGGGGGAAGGAAGUUCAUCGAAGAGAUCGAAAGGAGUAGUGUACUUCUCGUUGGGAACGCUCGUCAACACAUCAUCACUGCCCGCAUUUGCGAUGAGAGCCGUCGUAGAUGCGGUCAAAAAAACUCCUGAUUACCACUUCAUCUUGGUUACAGACAGCAGAGAUCACUUCACACGACAUCUUUCCGAAGCUCUGCCAAAUGUCUUCCUGUGCAGUUGGGCGCCACAAGCUGCACUUCUAAGUCAUCCCCGUUUACAAGCUUUCAUAACGCAUGGUGGGUACAACAGCAUAAUGGAGGCAUCACGAUACGCUGUACCGCUGGUGACGAUACCAUUUUACUUUGAUCAAGUAAGUUUAAGGAACAGUCGUGCUGCUGAAUUGAAUGGCUGGGGAAUUCCAGUGAAUCGAUUCUCUCUUCCCUCAAAGUGGCAACUACUCAAAAGCAAUUUUUGUAGGUAUAAGCAAGCCGCUGUACGAAUCUCAACUCUGAUACGAACGAAACCAUUCAAAUCCUCUGAAAAGCUUAUAAAGUAUACUGAAUUCGUAUUGAUGAACGGUGGUGUGAAGGAAUUACUUGCUGAAGGUCGACGGCUUCCUUUUCUACAGUAUCACAAUCUUGACAUUUUUAUUCCGUUAGGAGUUGCUUUCAUAUUUGCUUGCUGGAUCUUCUUCCGAUUGCUAUGCACUAUUUUCUUUAUCGCAUUUCCACCUGUCAAACAAAAACUGCAAUAA